GGAAUAAUAAAAAGAAGAGGAUUUUAUGAGUGGACAUUCAAUCGUAGGAAGGAAGGGAUCCAAUUGGCAUGUAAAAGCGGGUGCCAACUACAAAUUGGAGCCUAAAUUCGCGGGCGGCUCGCGGCGGACCGACAUGAAGCCGGAAACGGUGACACUCAUUCUGGUCAACCUCGCCGGAGUCAUGGAGAGGGCCGACGAAUCUCUCUUACCCGGUGUCUACAAAGAGGUCGGUGCCGCCUUGCACACCGAUCCUACUGGUCUCGGCUCCUUGACUCUCUUCAGAUCCAUCGUUCAGGCUGCUUGCUAUCCCUUGGCUGCUUAUUUGGCCGUCCGCCAUAACCGAGCUCAUGUGAUUGCUCUCGGCGCUUUCCUCUGGGCCGCCGCUACGUUUCUCGUCGCCUUUUCCUCUACUUUUCUUCAGGUUGCUGUUUCAAGAGCAUUGAAUGGGAUUGGCCUCGCAUUAGUUGCACCUGCCAUCCAGUCUCUUGUAGCAGAUUCAACAGAUGACAAUAACCGUGGUGUGGCUUUUGGAUGGCUUCAAACUACUGGCAACUUAGGCUCCAUUAUUGGCGGGUUGUUUUCAAUCGUGAUAGCUCCAAUAACAUUUAUGGGAAUCCCCGGUUGGAGAAUUGCAUUUCAUCUAGUUGGAUUAAUCAGUGUUGUUGUUGGCAUUCUAGUCCGUUUAUUUGCACAUGAUCCACAUUUUUUAGACGACGGCAUAAAAACGGGUAAUCAUGUUCCAGCUCAUAGUUCUUUUUGGUCAGAAGUGAAGGUCUUGGUCAGGGAAUCCAAAGCAGUUAUGAAGAUUCCCUCCUUCCAGAUCAUCGUAGCGCAGGGUGUCACAGGUUCAUUUCCCUGGUCAGCCUUGUCAUUUGCAACAAUGUGGUUGGAGCUCAAGGGAUUCUCCCAUGAUAUGACUGCUUUUCUGAUGGGCAUGUUUGUGAUUGGAAACUCUCUUGGAGGUUUGUUUGGAGGGAAAAUGGGAGAUAUCCUCUCCACGCGUUUCCCAAACUCUGGGAGGAUUAUUCUGUCCCAGAUCAGCUCAGGGUCAGGCAUUCCUCUAGCUGCAGUUCUUCUGCUCUUCUUGCCUGAUGGCCCCUCUACAGCAGUUAUCCAUGGACUAGUCUUGAUCAUUGUGGGGUUUUUCAUUUCUUGGAAUGCUCCAGCUACAAAUAAUCCUAUUUUUGCAGAGAUUGUUCCUGAGAAAUCUCGGACUAGUGUCUAUGCUUUAGAUCGGUCCUUUGAGUCUAUUUUGUCAUCAUUUGCCCCUCCUGUUGUCGGAAUUCUGGCUCAGCAUGUCUAUGGAUAUAAGCCUGUUCAGAAAGGAUCUACUGAAUCUGAAGAGAUUGCCACAGAUAGGGAGAAUGCAGCAUCAUUAGCCCGGGCGUUGUACACAGCAAUAGGAAUUCCAUUGGCUCUCUGUUGUUUUAUUUACUCGUUUCUCUACUGCACCUAUCCAAGAGAUAGAGAACGAGCACGGAUGGAAGUUUUAAUUGAAUCGGAGAUGCAGCAAAUAGAAUCUGAAAGGUCACCUUCAGGUGCUGGAUACUCUCAAGUUCAUUUAGCAGGGUCAGAUGAAGUAUAUGCUACAGAUAGAACAGUCAUCGAUAUGGAUUAUGAGGACAAUCUAGAUUUUGAUGAUGAUGAAAAGACAGCCCUUUAUCGCCAGUUGACAUUUUCAAAUUUUGUUAAACAAUAGCCUUUCGAGAGGAUGUACUUUGUUGUCUAGCUCUCUAACUCGCAGGGAGACCAAAGAAGCAAUUCCAUUCCACGGUUGGGAAGUAUUUUAAUUUUGAUUUAUGGAAUUCUCUAAAAUUCAAAACAGAAGAUGAAACAUACUUUUAAGAAUUACAAUGAGUAGAAAUAUUCAAUUUAUCUUGUGACAGAUCAAUAGGGCACGCUUUAAGAACGUUUGGCUUGCAGAGUUUGUAGAUUGUCAUAUGGACCUCUGCUAUUUAUACGUGUAUAUGUUCAACCAAAUGUGUACAAUGGAAUCAAAUUCGUCUCCUCAUAUUUUUUUAAUAUAAUACAGAUACUAUUCUUAUUCGGUUUCAUGGUUGCAAGGAGUCUAUAACAUUUGUUGCGUAUUACUAAAUUCUUAUGUAUACAAUGUGCUUAGAUAAGUACAUAAUAAUCUCUUUUCCAAGCUUUUCUUGUAGGUGUUUGUGUUUCUGAUUCCUACUUUCUCGAGUAAAAGUUUUGCAGAUCACAUCAAAUACAUUCAUUCUCUGUUCUUUAGAAAAGCUGAUAAUUAUGGACGGGCUGGGCCGUGGGACUCACCUGCUGAGCGGAAUUCUUCUUCUGAGCUCUUCGAGCUUUCUCUGCCUGUGGCUUAUGUAGUGCUUAGCCGGAAGAAAGCUCGUUGUGCCGCAUCCCUUCUUCAUGGAAGUGAAAAAGUAGUCUUCACUUAGUAGUUGGUAGUUGGCAUUCUACAAGCGACUUCUUGUCUCUCCCUCGCUCUUCCUAAAUACCUAUUCUGAUUUUGAUUUUGAUUUUUAUCCCCACCACACAAGUGUACGAAUGUUGAUUCUUUUGUUAUUAUAGAAAUUUAUUUUAAAUUUUAAGUUC